AUGGCUAAACUACAAGUACUCUUAACAUUUUUAUUUUGUCUAAUAACGAGCAUUCAAGCAUACGAUCGCUUAGAAAACCUGGAAAUUGGUAUAUUGAAGAGAGCUGUACCAAAAGGAGAAGAUUGUGAGGUAUUUGCCAAACCGGGAGACAAGAUAAGUGUCCAUUACACUGGAUAUUUGAGAGAAACCAAUGAGAAAUUCGAUUCCAGUUUAGAUAGAGGCACUCCAUUACAAUUCACCUUAGGUACUGGGCAAGUCAUUCAAGGUUGGGACCAAGGCUUGGUGGGGAUGUGUGUUGGCGAGAGCAGGAAGAUCCAAAUUCCAAGCGCGUUAGGUUAUGGGUCCCGUGCCAUUGCUGGUGUUAUUCCAGCUGACUCUGAUUUAACAUUUGAAUGUGAACUAGUUGAUGUCGAAAGUAUUUAA